UGAAGUUCAUUGAUAAAUCCAAAGUUAUGGUAUUCAAUGUCAGACUUACGAAGCCAGUGGGUUAAACAUCCUCUAAAAGUAUAAUUAGAAUUACCAUCGUGAAUUUUUACAAUUUUAAAAAAAAUAUAUAAAUAAAAAGAGGAAGAAGUAGGCCUAUCACUCCUCUCUCUUUCUGUCACUAUCAAAGAGGUGGACGUGAUCCUUGAAUAUUUUGUGCGGUGAAGGUUUGGGGUCAAAAACUUGAAGUGGAGAAUAGACCACGUAUAGCGAUAGCCAUACACAUUUCAGCUUCAGCAGCUUCAGCCUCCCUCCUGACUGACCUGUAAAUUUACAAAACCGUGGCUGACACAGAAUGCUGAUUAGAGACAGAAAACAGAAAGCUCAUUUUCAUCAACAUUAUUAUGUAAUCAGAUUGCAUAUGUUUAUACAGCAUUUGGAAUAACAAAAUCCACUUGCCAAGAGAUCGACUUUCAGGCCUUUUCUUGCUUGGAAAUUGCUUGUAGCUUUGGUUUCUGUUUCAUCUGAAAGAUUAUUCAUGUAUAUUAUGAUGAGGCAAUUAAAACCUUAACCUAAACCUUGACCCCUUCCCCAGGCCGCCUCCACUGAUCAUGACAUCAGUACUUUACUAGAAUGGGUUUUUUCAGACUUCAGAGAGAGCUUCUUUAGUUACAAAAAUUACUGUUCAAUAUGUGUUUUUCUUUUAAGAUUCUCACUACCUACUCUAUGAUUGAUGAUGUCUGGCCAAAAAGUCUCUCUCUCUUUUUCUCUGUCUAAAUUUUCUGCAAGUAUGAUUAUUGAUGGGGUAUGAAGAUGACAAAGAACAUGUCACUUCAACUCCCAAAAAGUGGUCCUCUCUUAAUUGAUAGUUUCACCACUCACCUCCAUCCCUUGCCCUACACCACAUUCCACUCUUCUCUCUCCUUUUUAUCUUUUGCCCCAAACCAGACUCUUGCCCCCAGAAAACUAAAACAAUUCAGUAAUGAUUUAAUCCAUUAUUCCCCAACCAUUUCCAGUUUCGAAUAACAUCACUGGGCAAGGGCAACCAUGUCAACUGGAUCAGCUGCCUGGACCAACGAAGAAGAUAAAGCAUUUGAAAAUGCUAUAGCCACACAUUGGGCUGAAGAAUUGGAAGGGAGUAAGGGCUCAGAAGAGAUGUGGGAAAAGAUUGCUUCCAUGGUUCCAAGCAAGAACAUGGAAGACUUGAAGCAGCACUACCAAAUGCUGGUGGAAGAUGUCAGUGCUAUUGAGGCAGGCCAAAUUCCUAUUCCUAACUAUGCUUCUUCUGUUGGAGAAGAAACAAUGAAUGCUUCCACUAAGGAGAGGGAUCAUCAUCUUCAUCCUCAUGGAGCUUCUGAUAGUAAUAAAAGACCCAAUUCUGGUAUUGGAAGUGGGUUUUCUGGGCUUUCCCACGACUCGUCUGCCCAUGCCACAAAGGGCGGAUCCAGGUCUGAACAAGAAAGAAGGAAAGGAAUCCCAUGGACAGAGGAAGAACACAGGUUAUUUCUACUGGGUCUAGACAAGUUUGGGAAAGGGGAUUGGAGAAGCAUUUCAAGAAACUUUGUUAUAUCCAGGACACCGACACAAGUUGCCAGUCAUGCACAGAAGUAUUUCAUACGAUUGAACUCAAUGAACAGAGAUAGAAGAAGAUCAAGUAUUCAUGACAUAACCUCAGUUAAUAAUGGCAGUGGUGGCGAUGUCAUGUCCCAUCAAGCUCCAAUCACUGGCCACCAAACAAAUGGCACGAACCAGAGUAAUCCGCCGGCUUUGGGGCCACCAGGGAAGCACCGGCCUCAGCAGCAUCUACCAGGAAUAGGCAUGUAUGGGGCACCUGUUGGCCAUCCAGUGGCAGCUCCUCCAGGGCACAUGGCAUCGGCAGUUGGCACUCCGGUGAUGCUUCCUCAUGGAAUCCAUCCCCAUCCUCCUUAUGUUAUGCCAGUUGCUUAUCCAAUGGCACCUCCACCAAUGCACCAAUGACAAUUACUUUUUUCCUUCUUUCCUUUCUCUAGGCAGAUUUUUGGAUUCAUAAAUCAAAAUAAGAAGUUUGAGGCAUAACAAAGAAGAGCAAAGGAUAAAGUUCAUUUUCAA